AUCAACCACCACACGCGACCAACUCCAUAACCUUAUCAACUGCGAACCCCGAAAUCAACAAAGGCACAAAACACCACCACGCCAAUCUGCACUCCCUUUCUACAUAUCCUCACCCAUUCUCUUGUUCUUUCGAUCACUCUCCCACCAUGGCGCCAAUAAAGAUCACAAUCCCCUCAACCUCGACCUCGACCCCCGCGUCCUCCAAACCCUACACAACCUACACCAUCCGCCUCACGCACCCCUUCCCGCGGCAAACUACCACCCUCACCAAACGCUACUCCGACUUCACGCACCUCGACUCUUCCCUCCGCGCACAAGUCGGUUCCGCUCCACCCCUCCCCCUCCCCCCGAAAUCCUCCUGGCUGGGCGGCGGCCUGGGAAAACUCGGCAUAGGCUCUACGCUAGGGUCGCCGGAGCAGAUCGCCGAGCGGCAGAAGGGGCUGGAGCGAUACCUCGUCGCGAUCGAGGAGAGCGAGGACGGGAGGUGGCGGGUCAGCAAGGCGUAUCGGGACUUCCUAGGUCUCAACGAUGCCGAUGGCGGGAAGAAGGGCGGCGUCGCGGAACCCGGAGCGCAGUUCGGGAGGGAUAGGGUCAGGGAUGGAGCGGACUGGUUGGAUAGGUUCGGGGAGGUCAAGAGCGCGCUGCAGGAUGCGAGGUUGUGGCUCACCAGGAGGGAGCAGGCGGGUGCGGCUGCGGCGCAACAUGAGGCCGGUGCGAAUGCGAAGAGGGGGCUCGUUCGCGCGGGCACGCUGAUAAGUGCAUUGGAGGAGGGGCUAGAGAGGUUGAGUAGGAAGGGUGGGAGUGGGGAUGAGUGGAGUGGGGAGACGUUGGGGGAUGGGGAGAUCAGGAGGAGGAGGGAUAUGAUCAGUGCGGUUAGGAAGGAGAGGGAUGGACUCGAGAGCGUGUUGAAUACCAUGGCGGUCAAGUCUGCAGUCGCGGGAUCGGGUUCCUCGUCGCCUUCGACGUCCUCGGCGGCUGUCACGCAUGAGCAGAAGGCGGGAUUGUUCAAGGGUGGUGCGAAUUCAGGUCGCCGCGUGCUGGGUGCACCAGCGAAGGAGACCGAGCGGACGCGCGAAUUGGACAACGAGGGCGUGCUGCAGUUGCAGAAGCAGAUCAUCGCCGAGCAGGAUGAGGAUCUGGUCGACUUGACUACCAUCGUGAGGAGGAUGAAGGAGAUGGGCGUGCAGAUCAACCAGGAGAUCGUCGAGCAGAACGCUAUGCUCGGACUGCUGGACGAAGACGUGGAGAGGGUCGAUGGCAAGAUGAAGAUUGCAAAGAAGAGGAUCGCAAAGAUCAGUUAAGCCCAGUUCUUCACCACCACUACUGGCAACGACACAUUUUGAACCACGGAUGACGAUUACUUUUCUUCCCUCUCUUUCAGCAUAGCGAAUUUUUGGUCUCUUGUCUUCUAUACCCAUCCUUCACCAAGUUUCCACGUU